CGGCAUGUCACGUAGCACUGAACUGAUGGCCACAGCAACCGUGGAUGAGUGGAUUCGAGACCAUUUAUACCUUUCUUGAUCAUGUCAAGUAGUUAUCUAACGUUAACACGCAUCAGUUGGUGGUCUUCAUGAUUUGCAUAUGCAAUUAACAACAAUUUCGUUGAUGCAUGUUCCCUAGACUGUGACAGGUUUAUGCGCUAAGCGUUCUAUAACAGUGUGUUUUAGGCUAUAAUACUUCUUGUGGUACAAGCUCGUGGUACAAAUUAUCACUUUAUUCUUGUUUCCUCAACUAGUAAUGUUUUUACAAAUACUAGCUACUGCAGCUUUCACUUUGAUCACAAACAAAUGACAAUGACGUAAUCAAAUUUGAGAAAACUUCAUGACUCAGUAACCUCCAGGCCGGAUUUAUCAAAGCUUGAUAAACAACUGCUGAAAGUUGAAAAGUCUUUAGAAAUGAAGGAUUUCCACACUUUGAUAAAGAAGAAGGCAAAGCAAUACGUUGAUGACCAAUUCGUGCUUGGGUUGAUGAUUCUUUUGAACUGUUUGAAGUGCAUAUAUUCAGAUGUUCAUUGUCCUCCCAAUAACUAUAUUAUUGUUGAUUCAAGAGGAGUAAAACAAGAUUGCUUUYCAUGUCAUAACUGCYACGAAGGARCUGGUCUAUUACCGCGAUGUGGAUCCAAGCUAACAGACCCCGAAAAGAGGAUGAUUAAAUGCAAGUCUUGCAUUCCUGGUCAAACGUUCUCUGAUGAAUACGGUCCGAGUUUUUGCAAACCAUGCGAUGUUUGUCACCCAAAAGAAAAAGUACUUUCUAAUUGUACGAUAUCCCAGAAUGCUAAAUGUAGUAAAUCCUGUAAAGACGGCUAUUACUUUGAUAAUAUUACUACACACGAAUGCCAGGAAUGUUCCUACUGCUGUAAUGACAAGAAUAAAGAUUAUAUAAUCGAGGAAUGUAGGGAGAUGCCAAAAGAGAAACAGUGUUCCAUACAAAGUGAUUGUUCUCCUCCAAUCAAUACAGCAAAAACUUUAAUAACUACAAGCUAUAUGAUAACUACACCACAAUUCAAAGAUAAAAUGAUUAAAAAGGAGAUAAUCAUCGGUGCUACAAUAGGUGGUGUAAUGUUAUUAAUCAUAAUCAUUUUAUACAUAUUAUGGCGUUUUCGACGAACGAGUGAAACACCUGCUGAUGAGGAAAGUCAACCUUUACGCUGUCAAACGUGUUUAAACCUAGAAAAAUCUUACUUAAAUUUACAGUUAGAUGUUAAACCAGGUUAUGAAGUACAAGAAGGGCAAGGUUUUACAAUCACCUGUUCUGUGGAAAAACAACUCAAAYUGGAAACUCUAGAAAAUUUGGAAAUAAAGUGGAUCAAAGAUGGAGUGUUGCUGACGGAGUUUGAAAAUUCCCCAUUACUGUGGAAUCCAAAAAUGGACAUUUUUGACUUUGGAAGUUACAAGUGCCAAAUAAAAUGCAAAUACCAUGCGGAAUCUAGCAUAGGCAAAUGCGAAAAAGAAGUAUUCAUUGAUGUCAGACCUGGUGAAGGAAAAUGUUAUCAAAAGAUAAGAAAUAUUAUUGGAAGUAAAAUUGAAGAGGAAGAGUUCAUAGUUCGUAUAGUUCCAUUUUGGAAUGAGAUAGCAAAGACAUUUGGCUUAGAAGACUAUAGGAUUACGGCAUUGGAAGCAUGUGGCCCAUAUAAAGCAGCACAAGACACAUUAAACUACCUUUACUCUUCUACGGACACGACUGUCUAUGAAUUGCUUAAGUUCUCUAAGGAAAAUGAUCUUACAGAUUUUGUCAAGUUUUUAUCUCACGAAAUCAGUUUUAUUCUCACAGAAAAGGCAAAAGAAACUCAGGACGCGUCUGGAAAGAAAACAAAUGAAAUAGGAAUCACAUCAAAUUUAAAAGAACAAGAAAACUCAGAAUCAGUGGACAAAGUGAAGAAACGCCCAUCUGUUAAUCGAUCAGUUUCGUACGAGAGCUCUAUAUGAGGAAUGUAAAWUACAAAGGUCUUCAUAUCAAUUUGAACUGAAGCAAGUGUGAUCCCGCGCAUAGGACUGAUCAUUCCAAGCCGCAAAGGUGAAGGGCUGCCACUGUUUCAAGUGACCAAAUUCAUCAGUACAAUGUUGCAAAAAAAAUAAAAUGUCACAUCCAUCAAUCAAUGUGUGUUUUUUAUGGAAAUGCCCAAGUGUAUGCAAGUUUAGAGCGUUUUUAAAAUCUGAUAGUUUAUCGCCUAGCACUGACAAUAAGCUCGUAACUUCGCAUUCCGUUACUAUUAUCAGUAAAAUUCGGCAAUAUCAGCUAUUAUAAAUUUUGUUAACAUUGAACCUAAAUAAGAGAAUUUGCAACCCAUUUUCCCACGGUGAUACAUCACAUGCACUCCGUUGACCACUCACUGGAAAAAAUCGCGCGCUUUAAAGGUUGCAAAUUGGAUGUA